GGUGACGUUAUAUGACGUUCACUUUUUUCGUAUCAUUUAUUUUUGUUUACAUUUUCUAAACCAAACAUAUCGCGAUAAACGAUUGAUAAUAUAAGCGGAAACACAAUUAUCUCAGCUCAUUCUCUCUAACGAUCUACGGAAGUGCAUUUGACAUUUUGUACUGUACUAACGAUUGUAGCGCUAAAGAUGGCAGAUGCGUCGUCUAAGAUUAAAGUUUUGGAUGGUGGGUUUUCGUCGCAGCUGUCCUGCCACGUCGGCGACAACGUCGACGGUGAUCCGCUGUGGACGGCGCGCUUCCUGAAGACCCGCCCGCGCGAUGUGUACAAGACACACCUCGACUUCCUGAAGGCUGGCGCCGACAUCAUCAUGACCAACACGUAUCAGGCCUCCGUCGGAGGGUUUGUAAAAUAUCUUGGAAUGUCACCUGAAGCGGGCUUAAAUUUGAUCAAAAGUGCUGUGGAACUCGCAAAAGAGGCGAGAAAGGUAUACCUUGAGGAAUAUGCCAACAAUAAUACUUCAAAUCAGAACCCCUUAAUAGCAGGGUCGGUGGGGCCAUAUGGAGCGCAUUUACACGACGGUUCAGAGUACAACGGCGCCUAUGCCGACACCACGUCGUCUGAAACUAUGAGAGACUGGCAUAGACCUCGCAUUGAGGCUCUAAUAGACUCCGGAGUUGACCUACUUGCAUUUGAAACGGUGCCAUGUGAAAAGGAGGCUGUGAUGCUCGUUGAGCUGUUAAAAGAUUACCCAGAGACUAAAGCAUGGCUGUCUUUCAGUUGUAAGGAUGAGAAACAUGUUUCGCAUGGAGAAAAUUAUCAAACCGUUGCAAGGAAAUGUUAUGAUUUGAAUCCGGAGCAAAUUAUAGCCGUCGGAGUAAACUGCACUGCUCCGGCUAACAUUGUUCAGUUACUAGAGGGCAUCAAUGAUAAGAGGGUAGUACCUAUACCCCUUAUAGUUUACCCGAAUUCAGGAGAAAAGUACCACAAGGACCUUGGCUGGACUGAGGGUGAUAAGUUACAACGUUUGAACCAUUACGUCCACAAAUGGUUAGACUUAGGUGUUAAAUAUGUCGGAGGCUGCUGCAGGACGUAUGCGGAAGAUAUUAAAAGCAUACACAAACAAAGAGUGUUCGGCAUAUCGGCGCGCAAGGCAGCUAGAGAUGAGAAAAUGAAAGUGCUGCAGAAGGAGACAGAAGAUUUGCGUGCCGAGAACCAGGAGCUCACCCGUCAGGUCUCCAAGCUCAAGAAGGAAAUUGGGAAGAUAAAAGACGAGCAUUUCUCUGAAUACCUCAGCCUGGCGCGCGAGCGCGACGCACGCUACACUCUCUACUUCGAGAACCUGUCGCUACAGUUACGCCUGCGAGAGCUGGAGAGCGCUCCUGCUGAUACCGCGUAUGAAGAUCCUGUCAUGCUCCGCAUUGCGUUGGACCGGUGUAGAGAGCAGCUAAGCUCAACCCAACAUAAGCUCCACAAGAUGGCCGAGCAAUACGCGCUAACGGUCCCGCAGCGCGAGUUCGACAGCCUGGAGACGAAGUGGUCGGAGCUCGACAAGCGGGCUGGCGAGCUGCAGGCGGAACUGGGGGCUUUGCAGGACAAAUAUAAGAAGGUUUUAGCAAGCAAGAAGAGUGUAGAAGAGGAGCUGGCCGAGUGCAAGGAGCGGUGCAGCGAGCUGGAGCGCGCGGGCACGCCGCGGCCGCGGUGGGAGAUCUGCGCGGACUUCAUCAGCGGAGGCCGGGAGAGGUGGUGGCAGCUGGCAAGUGGUCUGUCCUCGAGAGAUAUUCUCAGAGUUCUUUUGAAAGAGCUGGGACCGGCCGCAGAAAGCGAUCACUUGGAAUAUUUCGAUGGCUUGGGCACGGAUCCCGCAAUCCCUCCAUACCUCCGCUACACUGGCAAGGUCCGCAACAUUCGCCUCUCGAGGCGUGAAGUAAGCGUGCUCAUCACCGAUGUAUGGCGUGGCAAGGGUCGACAAGCCAUCUCUAUGCAAGAGUAUCUCACCAAGUAUUUAGAGGACAGAUACCAGCAAGUGUCAGUACGUGCCGAAUGGGCAUACAACCUGUGCGCUGGCGCCGAGCAGAUGCUGGACGAGCCGCAAGUCAAGCUGUUUUGGGGCGUGCUGCACGGUCACCUGAGCGAGGACAUCUACUGGUCGCUACGCGCGCAGUGGGAGACGCUGAGAGACCAGCUUUAUCGCGUCAGCAAGGAUCGAGAGACUAUUUCCAUAGAAGAAUUUGAGAAAGUAGCCAAAGCACAGUUUCCUUUGAAGAGCGAUGUGGACAUCCGCAAUCUCUGUGAUGUAGUGCGAAAGCAGCUGAAGCUGAAACUGAACAACACCGAAGUUAACCUGGACAAACUGUUCCAAGAGAACGAGGAAGGCUUCGACCGCGUGGAGUUCGCACGAGAACUGUACCGACAACGGCAACAAGCUCAGGACAAGUAUCUGCGGGAGGUGCUUGCAGAGUUAGGCGGCAAGGGGCAGGGCAGCAAGGUCAUCUCUGUGGAUGCACUCAAGCGGGCCUUCGCUAUUGUCGACCCGGCGAUAGAUCAUAUCCGUAUGGAGCGCAACAUUCGUUGGGCGUUCUCCGACCAAGUGUCGGAGCUCAGCAGCAUCAGCCCGCUGCCGCUCCGGACCCUGGCCGCCAGACUUGCCGCUGGGGACAUUGAACGCGUUGGCCCGCGCUCUCGUAGCACGCAUCGUAGAAUUACUUACAAAUAAUU